UUCACAUUUGUACUCCCGCAUGUCUGAGCCUCGUGAUGAGGAAGGUUUUGACAGUUGUAUAACCUCAGUAAAUCAUAACACCAGGUAUUUGUCACCAGUCACACGGCAGUCGAUCACGGUACGGGAAGUUCGCCAAAUGCAUUCUUGAUUUCCAGAGUAUCAACAAAAGAUGUCGACGGUGCUAUUUUGACAUUAGGAAAGAGACUUAUCCAUCACCGAAAGUGUAUGUGUUUGGGGGCGACGUCCGUUGUUGCCUUCCUAGUGCUGAGUAGACUCCCCAAGGUUGACUCGCCAUCAUACAGGGCUCUACACACUUCGUCUGUACAUCCCCAUCGGGAACAGCAUCCACAACCAGCUGAUCCACAACCACAGUCCAAAGCCGAAAAACCUGCGAUGUCUAAACCAGAGUUGUCCAUGGCGCUGAAGCGGGCGAAGGAGGAGGCGUUGUGGGGGAUGUUCGUAGCUGACGCCAUUGCGAUGCCUGUUCACUGGUACUAUGAUCCACAGGACAUCAAGAGGGGAUACGGAGGAUGGCUGACAAAAUACGAAGCUCCAAACAAAAAGCAUCCCUCUAGUAUCAUGUCGUUGUCAAAUAUUGGGGGCAGUGGUCGAGGGGGUGACAAGGCCAGGGCUGUGAUAGGUGAUGUCAUCCUCCACGACAAGCUAAAGUACUGGUCGGGCAACAACCACUCUACACACUAUCACCAAGGUAUGAAGGCUGGAGACAGCACAUUGAACGCCCUGAUGGCUCUUGAGAUGAUGAAGACGUUUGAGAAGGUUGAUCACGAUAUCGUGAGGGAUGACCGAGACGUACGCAGUGAGGUGUUAGAGGCGUACGUCAAGUUCAUGACCACACCUGGGUCUCAUGGAGACACGUAUGCUGAGUCCUUCCACAGAUCUUUCUUCAAGGACUGGUCCUCAAUGCCAACUCCACCUCAGACAGCUGACGAUCUCAUUGAAUAUGCAGAACAAAGAUACAAACAGAAGACAAAGGGAUCAUCAGACCAUCAGCUGGUGGUGGUUGGUGCGUUGGUUCCUACAAUUCCCUGGGUGCUGAGGAGCGCCCACAGGACAGAGACGGAGUGUGCCAAGUCUGCGGUAGACUUCAUCAAGCUCACCCACCCCGAGACUGCCCUGGUGCCCUACGUAGACAUGUAUGCCCGUCUGCUGCAUGCAGUGCUCAAUGGACAUGAUCUGAAGGCUGAGGUGGUGAAGCUGCUUAGCCACUCGGAGCUGGGUGGGCCAUCCAAGAGGGAUAUGGUCCUGAGGAUGCUGGAACGGGCUCAUGGAUCUCCCGAAGGGUCCGAGGAGCGUCUCCGUGCAUACCAGUCUGCCGUGGGCAACCUGGGACUGGCCUGCUACAUAGAGGGCGCUAUCAGUUCUCUCCUCUACCUGGCUGUGGAGUUCAGUGAUGACUUCGAGGGCGGAGUUCUAGCUAACGCUAAUGUUGGAGGUGAGAACUGUCACAGAGGAGCUGCUCUGGGAGCCCUGCUGGGAGCUGCAGCAGCAACCCAGGGGAAGACAAUCCAACAGAAAUGGAAAGAUGGACUCGGGUCAGCUCGGGAAGGCAUCAAGACUGUUGUCUCACAAAUGAACAAAGUUUGAACAUAUUUUUCAUAAUGAGAUGUGCUUUCUCUUGUGCUGUGAUUGAAGAUCUGUUGGAGCUUGACAGGUGCUUGUGACAAGCUGACAGAUAGUUGGUGCUGUUAAUCAUUUUGUGGGGGAAUGUAGAAUGUUGGCCAUAAGGAGGGCACAAUAUGUGGAUUUUUAUCCAGAUCUUUGUAAGACAUGAGGUUCAAGGCAUUUCAUAUAUUUAUGUUUAGUUUCAACUUGAUCAUCCCUGUAAGUUAUGUCAAGAUGAAACUCUUGACACUGCUAACAUCAUCCCCUCGGAACCAGUGAGCCACUGAAGAACUAAACUUCACAUGCUUGUUCCCAGCACAGAUUACGCACAAUUUGCUCAAAAGGUUUCAAUGUAAUUAUCAAUACGGCCAAAAUGGUAACUUUAUGGUUACAUCUAUUUAUGGCAAUUUUUGUGGCAAUUCUACUCAGACUGAUUUCAAUACUCGUAAAUUAUUUCAAAAUGCUGUUCUUUUGACACCUAUUAUCUAAUUGCCAGACUUAACAUGCAUGGCACCAUGUUAUGUUCAGGACGUUGAGUUUGACUAUC